CGUGUCCCCCAGCUACGUUAAAUCCCGCUCCCAGUUUCCACAGGAAUUACAGCGAUAGGUGAACAGGAGGGGGAAAAACGUAUAGCCAAAGUCGGUUAAACAUGGGGGAAAUUGUCCUCCCACGGCGCAUGUUCCUCUGGUGCAUGGCGGUCAUCUACAUGACUGCUUUUGUUUCCCUCUACGUGCAGAUGCCAGGUCUGUAUGGAAAUGAAGGGCUGCUGCCUGCCCGCUGGCAGCUGCGAUACAGCGGGAAGCCUCUGGUGGAGCAGCUGCUUUCCUCUCCCACGCUGUUGUGGCUGGGACCUCGGUUUGGCCUGGACACUCACACUGCCAUGGAGCUGCUGUGUCUCAUUGGGGCUGCGCUGAGCCUCGCCGCCACGCUGGUGGAGGCUUUCCGAGACAGCAUGGUGUUCCUCUGCCUCUGGGUCUUGUACCUGUCUAUGUACCAGGUAGGCCAGGUUUUCCUCUACUUUCAGUGGGACAACUUGCUUCUAGAGACAGGGUUCCUCUGUAUCCUUGUUGCUCCCCUGACUUUAAUCAGAGGGUCACGAGGAGUCAGAGAGCAUGAUCGUGUCACUUUCUGGCUUAUUCGCUGGCUGCUCUUUAGACUGAUGUUUGCAUCCGGGGUGGUGAAACUAACCUCUCGUUGUCCCACCUGGUGGGGCCUCACAGCCCUAACAUAUCACUAUGAGACUCAGUGUAUCCCAACCCCACUGGCCUGGUUUGCCCACCAGCUGCCAGUGUGGUGGCAGAAGUUGAGUGUGGUGGGAGCCUUCGUUAUUGAGAUUGCUGUACCAUUACUGUUCUUCAGUCCACUGCGGAGGCUGCGACUUGGAGCUUUUUACUUGCAGGUGCUGCUUCAAGUUUUAAUCAUUUUGUCUGGCAACUACAACUUCUUCAACCUGCUGACUGUGGCCCUCUGUCUGUCACUUCUGGAUGAUCGCCAUGUACAUUUCUGGCUGCGCAAGGCAGACAAGACCAAUAACAGGAAUGAUGAUUCCAAGCUGUGGUCGUGGCUGUGUUACCUGCUGGAGCUGUCGGUCUGGGCUAUGGUGAUUGUUGGAACAAUUGUCUGCUUUGACCUGCAGCUGGAUACGACUAAGAAAGGCAUCUCCUCCCGGACCGCAUUUACAUACCACCAGUUUAACCAGUUUCUGAAGACCGUCACUAUUCCCUGCAUCUGGAUCGGUGUCCUCUCACUCACUUGGGAGAUGGUUACAUCUCUGUUCAGAUAUGCGUGCAUCUCUGGAUUCCUGAAGAGGUUUUGGGGAACAGUUCAGUGGACGGUGUUUGCUGGGGCUGCAGCUUCAAUGUUUGCCGUCAGUCUAGUGCCGUUUACCUUCAUCGAGUAUGACUCCAACUCCAGGUUAUGGCCAGGAGUGCGCCAAGCCUAUGAGAUUGUGGAUCGCUACCAGGUGGUCAACUCAUACGGCUUGUUCAGAAGGAUGACCGGAGUUGGUGGGCGCCCAGAGGUCGUCAUUGAGGGGAGCAGUGAUGGCGUCACGUGGACGGAGAUUGAGUUCAUGUAUAAACCAGGGAAUCUAAGUGCAUCUCCUCCUGUGCUGACACCCCAUCAGCCCAGGCUGGACUGGCAAAUGUGGUUUGCUGCUCUUGGGCCCAAUACACAAUCUCCAUGGUUCACCAGCCUGAUGUACAGACUGCUGCAAGGCAAAAGAGACGUUAUUGAGCUGAUCCAGACGGAUGUAUCCCAGUAUCCAUUCCAUCAGCAGCCGCCUGCCUACCUGCGAGCUCACCGCUACAGAUACUGGUUUACUGAACCAAAGGCUGACGGCUCUUACCCAGAGCGCUGGUGGAGGAGGGUCUAUGAUGAGGAGUUCUACCCUGUAGUGCACCUAGGAAACAGUUUCCUGGAGGGCAUGCUCAACCAGUACGGACUUAAGGACAAGUCGUCUCCACGCCGGAUGUCCAACACCACUGUUGCCCAGGUGGUGAGGUGGGUGCGCUCUCAGGUCAGAGGUGUUCCCGCCCACACACUAAUUUGGACUCUCGUUGCCUGCAGUGCCACCUUCUGUUUACUUCAGGGAUUGCGAAAUAAGAACAAAGCUGCAGAAAGGCCCUCAGAGGCUCACAAAGCCGCUACUACUGAUCACACAGAAAAUGUGGUUGAAGACUUCUCUUCAGACCAUCAUGGGAAGACAGAACAGCAGGCAGAUGAAGAGGAAGACAAAGAAGCAGACAGUGAAGAUGAGGUGGAAGAGGGCGAAGAAGAGCAGAAUGAAGUUAAUGAAGAGGAUGAGGAAGAAGACAGGAUAGAAAAAAGAUGAGGUCCUCGAAAGGCAAGAGUUUUGAAAAGAUGCAGGUAAUCCUUCACAGACUGUUAUCAUGGCUGCCUUUAUAAAACGUUAUCAAGAUGACCAAAGAAGUUGUUUUUCUAUAUUUUGUUUCCUGAUCAGCCACUCAUUAACAAUAUUAUGUCUUUAUGUCUGCCUUGUUUGAGCUACACUUUACUGCACCACACUGUACCCAUCUGUGUAUCUCUGCUUGAUCACUUUGGAGCACUUUUAAUAACAUUUUAAAGUUGGGUCAGUUCUGACACGUACUGAACACUUGGAGAAACCCAGCCCACACACACACACACACACACACACACACACAAACAAAA